AUGGUCUAAUAAUGAACCAUUUCAUUUUAACAUAACAUUGAAAUUAGUUGAUAAUAUUAGUUGAAUAUUUUUUUUCUUUUUUUUUUGAAAAAUUUUUGUCAAAGGUUUCAUUCAUGCAUAAUCUAUAUCGAGUAGACCUUGUCGUUGUGAGAAUUCUUAAUUCAUGAGUUGUAGGGAGGGACUUAUGUCACCACAAACAGAGACUAAAGCAAGUGUUGGAUUUAAAGCUGGUGUUAAAGAUUACAAAUUGAAUUAUUAUACUCCUGACUAUGAAGUCAAAGAUACUGAUAUCUUGGCAGCAUUCCGAGUAAUUCCUCAACCUGGAGUUCCGCCCGAAGAAGCAGGGGCUGCGGUAGCUGCCGAAUCUUCUACUGGUACAUGGACAACUGUGUGGACUGAUGGACUUACCAGUCUUGAUCGUUACAAAGGGCAAUGCUACCACAUCGAGGCCGUUGUUGGGGAGGAAAAUCAAUAUAUUGCUUAUGUAGCUUAUCCUUUAGACCUUUUUGAAGAAGGUUCUGUUACUAACAUGUUUACUUCCAUUGUGGGUAAUGUAUUUGGUUUCAAAGCCUUACGAGCUCUACGUCUGGAGGAUCUGCGAAUUCCCACUUCUUAUUCCAAAACUUUCCAAGGCCCGCCUCACGGCAUUCAGGUUGAAAGAGAUAAGUUGAACAAGUAUGGUCGUCCCCUAUUGGGAUGCACUAUUAAACCAAAAUUGGGAUUAUCUGCAAAAAACUACGGUAGAGCGGUUUAUGAAUGUCUACGUGGUGGACUUGAUUUUACCAAAGAUGAUGAAAACGUAAACUCACAACCAUUUAUGCGUUGGAGAGAUCGUUUCUUAUUUUGCACCGAAGCACUUUUUAAAGCGCAGGCCGAAACAGGUGAAAUCAAAGGACAUUACUUGAAUGCUACUGCGGGUACAUGUGAAGAAAUGAUGAAAAGGGCCAUAUGUGCCAGAGAAUUAGGAGUUCCUAUCGUAAUGCAUGACUACUUAACUGGUGGAUUCACUGCAAAUACUAGCUUGGCUCAUUAUUGCCGUGACAACGGCCUACUUCUUCACAUCCAUCGCGCAAUGCAUGCAGUUAUUGAUAGACAGAAAAAUCAUGGUAUGCAUUUCCGUGUACUAGCUAAAGCAUUACGUAUGUCUGGUGGAGAUCAUAUUCACGCCGGUACAGUAGUAGGUAAACUGGAAGGGGAACGUGAGAUGACUUUAGGUUUCGUUGAUUUAUUACAUGAUGAUUAUAUCGAAAAAGACCGAAGUCGCGGUAUUUUCUUCACUCAAGAUUGGGUCUCUAUGCCAGGUGUUCUGCCCGUGGCUUCAGGGGGUAUUCAUGUUUGGCAUAUGCCUGCUCUGACCGAAAUCUUUGGGGAUGAUUCCAUACUACAGUUUGGCAGAGGAACUUUAGGACACCCUUGGGGAAAUGCACCUGGUGCAGUAGCUAAUAGGGUGGCUUUAGAGGCGUGUGUACAAGCUCGUAAUGAGGGACGUGAUCUUGCUCGUGAAGGUAAUGAAAUUAUCCGUGAAGCUAGCAAAUGGAGCCCUGAACUAGCCGCUGCUUGUGAAGUAUGGAAAGAGAUCAAAUUCGAAUUCGAACCAGUAGAUAAGCUAGAUAAAGAGAAAAAGUAAGUGUGCAUAAUUCAGUAAUUCCUGUUUGUUCUCCUAAUUGAUUGCAAUUAAAGUCGGCCCAAUCUUUUCCUAAAAAAAAGAUUGGGCCGAUUGCCGAAUAAAAAAAAAAAGAAUGAGCAUUCUAUACUAUGUAUUUGCAUAUAUCUUUUAUAUGUACAGAUGUACAGAUCUUACCUAUAUAUAUACAAGAUAAGAUCGAAGACUAAACAACUCAAUACUUCUAUUGUUUGUUGUUGGAUCCAUAGGAUUGGAUUAAUUAUGGAUCCUUGGGAUUGGUGGACUUUUUUAUAUCUCCUAGUUUCAGGCCAUAGAUCAAGCCAAGGGAAAGGCUCCUUUACCCAUCCUAUAUAUUGUCUUUUUCGUUCCAUGUUAAAAUAGAAACUUAAUUAUUUGAUUAUACGAGAACAAAUUCUUUAUUCUUUAUUUAUAGAAAUAAACAACUAUCUCUAUUUUCGAUGAGAAUUUGUACAUCACAUGGAAGAAAGCUGUGUCUUUCUAUUUUAAAAUUUAUAAAAAGAUUCUAUCAAUAUAUAUUGAAGUGAUACCUCGGCUUCCCACAAAAGAGAAUCAUUUCUUUCAAUACUUACUCGUUCUUUCAAUACUUACUCGUUAUUAAUUAACAAUCCUAAUGAUUAGGAUUAGAUUCGUAUGCUUAAUUCUGAUAAGAAAUCAAAUAGUGAAAGUAAAAUGAUUAUCCAUCGAAUGUAUUGUAUUUCAUCAAAUAGGGGGUAGAAAGACUCUAUGGGAAAAUGGUGGUUCCGUUCGAUGUUGUCUAACGAGAAGUUAGAACAUAGGUGUGGGCUAAGUAAAUCUAGGUGUGGGCUAAGUAAAUCAAUGGAUAGUCUUGAUGGUAUUGGACAUACCAGUAGAAGUGAACAACCUAUUCUAAACGAUACGAAGAACGAUACGAAGAAAAAGAUUCCUAGUUGGAAUCAUAGUGGUAAUUAUAGUUUCACUAAUGUUGAUUCUUUAUUUGAAAUCAAGGAUAUUUGGAGUUUGAUCUCUGAUGACACUUUUUUAGUUAGGGAUAGUAAUGGUGACAGUUACUCUGUAUAUUUUGAUAUUGAAAAUCAGAUUUUUGAGGUUGACAAUGAUAGUUCUUUUCUGAGUGAACUAGAAAAAAAACUUUCUAGUUAUUUGAGUAGGGGGUCUAAGAAAAAGAAUCACUACUAUUAUCAUUACAUGUAUGAUACUCAAUCUGGUUGGAAUAAUCACAUUAAUAGUUGCAUUGAUAGUUAUCUUCGUUUUGAAGUCAGUAUUAAUAGUUCUAUUUCGGGUAGUACCAACAAUUACAGUGACAGUUACUUUUAUAACUUCAUUUGUACUGAAAAUAGAAAUAGUAGUGAGAGCGGUAGGUCUAGUAAAAGAACUAGAAAAAAUUUCAAUGAUUUCCAUGAAGAGGUGGAAUCCGAUUUCCAUGAAGAAGUAGAAUUCCACGAAGAAGUAGAAUCCGACUUCCAUGAAGAAGUAGAAUCCAAUUUCCAUGAAGAAGUAGAAUUCCACGAAGAAGUAGAAUCCAAUGAUUUCAAUGAAGAAGUAGAAUCUGAUUUCAAUGAAGAAGUGGAAUCCGAUUUCAAUGAAGAAGUGGAAUCCGAUUUCAAUGAAGAAGUGGAAUCCGAUUUCAAUGAAGAAAUAGAAUUCCAUGAAGAAGUAGAAUUCCAUGAAGAAGUAGAAUCCGACUUCCAUGAAGAAGUAGAAUCCAAUGAUUUCAAUAUAAAUAAAAAAUACAAACAUUUAUGGGUUCAAUGCGAAAAUUGUUAUGGAUUAAAUUAUAAAAAAAAUUUUAAGUCAAAAAUGAAUAUUUGUGAACAGUGUGGAUAUCAUUUGAAAAUGAGUAGUUCAGAUAGAAUUGAACUUUCGAUUGAUCCCGGAACUUGGGAUCCUCUGGAUAAAGAUAUGAUAUCUAUAGACCCCAUUGAUUUUCGUUCAAAAGAGGAACCUUAUGGAGAUCGUAUCGAUUCUUAUCAAAGAAGGACAGGUUUAGCUGAUGCUAUUCAAACAGGCAUAGGUCAAAUAAAUGGUAUUCCCGUAGCAAUUGGCGUUAUGGAUUUUCAGUUUAUGGGAGGUAGUAUGGGAUCCGUAGUAGGCGAGAAAAUUACUCGUUUGAUCGAGUAUGCUACUAAUCGAUCUCUACCUGUCAUUAUUGUGUGUGCUUCUGGAGGAGCACGCAUGCAAGAAGGAAGUUUGAGCUUGAUGCAAAUGGCUAAAA